GGUUCACCAUCACAUUCUCAGCAGAACCAACCUUACAGUAACGCUGUCGGUAUGAGCAUCAUAUGAAUAGGAUAGCGCCGCUGUGGUUAUGGAGAAGAGUCCAGAUGGUGAAGAUAUGAAGUACAGGAUUACUUGAACGUUUAUUGUUCUGGAGCUGUUACUAAAUGACAAAGGUCAGUAAAAAGAUCAUAUUUAGUUGCAGUAAAACGUUCGCUUUAGUUGUAGAUUAUAUUGCUGUGUACGUGACAAACCCAUAUAAUGCUGCCUUGGAAGAAGAAUAAGUUCGACCUGAUAGAGGAAGAUAAACAGUCGAAGCAGAAGGGUUAUGUCGUGAGUUUGAACUACUCUGCGCUGACCUCCUUUGCCAAGUCUUGCCCGGAAAGUGCUUUGAACAGGGUUGGAAGCAUGUUCAAAUCGAAAAGGAAAAAGGUGAAAAUUACUAGUGAGGACCCAACAUACACCGUUCUCUACCUGGGUAAUGCUACCACUAUCCAGUCGAAAGGGGAAGGCUGUACGGAUGUGGCUGUGAGCAAGAUUUGGGGCAAGAGCGAGAUGGGCAAAAAUGGAACAAAGAUGAAACUGACUAUCAGCUCGCAGGGCAUCCGGAUGGUGCAUGUGGAUGACAAGGCGAGGAGACCGGGACAUUUGUAUUUAUUGCACCGGAUAACCUAUUGUGUUGCCGACCCAAGGCUACCCAAAAUUUUUGCGUGGAUAUACAGACAUGAAAUGAAGCAUAAGGCAGUGAUGUUGCGGUGCCAUGCUGUACUUGUGUCCAAGCCGGAGAAGGCUAAGGCCAUGGCAUUGCUUUUGUACCAGACCUCGGCGACAGCGCUGGCAGAAUUUAAAAGACUUAAAAGAAGGGACGAUGCAAGGCACCAACAACAGCAGUUGAUAGGGGAACAAACAAUUCCUCUUGUGCCCCUCAGGAAGCUUCUAAACGGACAAUGUUAUUACAAACCCCCGGUGGAGCGCAGCAGGAGCGCGCCCAAAUUGGGCUCUAUAACGGAGGACUUAAUCGGGGAGGAGGAGGAGGAGAAAGCAAUGCACUUUGAAUGUGAGGACAUUCUAGACACUGAAGACGAUUGUGUGGGCAAUGGAAAACAGGAGCUAUCCCAGAUUAUCAGUGAUCUUGGAGAGAUGAGCAUAGGAAACGACGUACAAACACUAAAGGCGGACCUUAGGGUUACCAGACUACUCUCUGGGGAGAGCACGGGCAGCGAGUCGUCUAUUGAAAGCAACCAGGAGCCAAUUUCUGUUUCAAACGGAUUUGAGGAGGGGAAGAUGCAGGAAAUCGCAUAAAUAAGUCAGUUUUUCUGGAGCCAAAAUGGACUCCACUAAGCUAAGAAGAGUUUCCUUUUCUGUUUAUUUUACGCUGUCCAUUAAAUAUGACUAGCAUAUGCCUGCAAUAUUGUGCCUCCUCGCCAACUUGAAAGGAUAUAAGAGGUAUAUGAUGUUACAGUGACUCUGGACAAAAAAAGAACAAUCCGGUUAUUGAACAGUCUACAGAAAAGGGGGAGGACUGCAUGCUGAGACUGAUCCCCAAGCUCGCAGUAGUGUUCACCAGGAUAUCAUCGCACUUAUUCUCACUAUUCAGUAAUAGGAUUUGUAUUUGAGCUUGUUUACCCAACCUAUUUCCCUCGUGGAAAUACAUUUUUUGUUUAACAACAUUGUCCAGAAAUGUGUAACAUUCCAUUUUAAAAGCACGUUUUGUUUUGGCUCAGUGGGUUAAAGGGAAGGUUCACACAUUUUUACAUGUUGCAUUAUUUUUCAAAUUUUCUGUGAUUCUAUGCUGAACACCUUUUUUUUUUGAUAAUUUGUUUUCUUACAGAGAUUACCAGUUGUCACAUAAUGGCCCCUGCAAUGGAUGCCUACGGUAUAUUAUGAAAAUGUGUCCAAGAAUGUUAUGAAGCUCUCCUAAAAACAUUAAACCAACUUCUGAACUAUCUGGAUAAUGUCUAUGCAAGGAAAAAUUUAAAAGCUUUUCCGCUGUCCCAUUUAUACAUUUUUGAAUUAUGCUGUUUUAAACAACAACAAAAUUGACUUAUGGGCCUUUUUUCCUCAAAAACAUUCAGUGCAGAGGCAUUAUUUAGAAUAGGAUUCUGAUGUAAAAGUUGGUUUGGGGAUUCUUUUAAAACAUGCUUACAAACAUUGUAGUCAAUAGCAAAUUAUGUAGUCAAGUGAUGAGUCAGCAAAAUGUGACAACACUUGGUUUUGGGGAUAACCUAGAAGCACAGAAAGAGUGAAAAUUAGGCCACAUGUAAAGAUGUGUUACCUUCCCCUUUAAAUCAGGACACUUCUACAGUUUUCUUUUUGCACUGUUGUGAAAUUCAGUUGAGUAUUAAGUUUGUGUAUAAUUAUUAUUUUCUCAUAGGCCUAUAUGUUCUUAUAAACAUACAUGUCAUAUCUUUGCUGUGCAAAAGGAAAAAUACCCUAAUGUAUUAAGAUGUACAUAGUGCUAAUGUGUAUACAAAUAUCCGUUAUUUUUAAAAAGGAAAACAACUUGGUUUGUUUAUGUGAACCUCAAAAAUACCAAUAAAAGACAACAAAAUAA